AUGCACAGCCGCAGCCAAGCUCCUCCGUCCUACCCCCUCCCCUGGGACGACGUAUCACGGCCCGCCACGUGGCCCGCUCCUGCGAGCGCGGGGCCAAACGGCGCGGCCGGCAGGGGGAUGCGCGCGGGAGGGAGGGAGGGGGCAGAGGCUGGGAGCGCCGGGAUGGGGGGAGGAAUGGGGGGAGUUAUGGGGGGAGGCAUGGGGGCGAUGGCGGGGGCGAUGGGGAUGGAUGCGGGGGCGCGCGGAGGGGCGGACUACUCGAUGAGCGACCCCAUCUGGGCGGCCAUCCGCGCGGAAGCCAGGCUGGAGGCUGAGCGAGAGCCCAUCCUCAGCAGCUUCCUGUACGCGUCCAUCCUUGCCCACUCGUGCUUCGAGCGCUCUCUGGGAUUCGUGUUGGCCAACCGCCUGCAGAACGUGACGCUGCUGGCGACGCAGCUGAUGGACGUGUUUGACUCGGUGCUCAUGCUGCCCAAUAUCAGAGCCGCUAUUAGGGCGGACGUGCAGGCCGUGCGUGACCGGGAUCCCUCCUGCCGCUCAUAUUCCAAUGCGCUCCUCUAUUACAAGGGCUACCACGCGCUUCAGUCAUACCGCAUCGCCCAUGCCCUGUGGAACCGCGGCCAGCGCAUCCUGGCCCUCGCCCUGCAGUCGCGCAUCUCCGAGGUGUUUGCAGUGGACAUCCACCCAGCAGCCCGCAUCGGGCGAGGCAUUCUGAUGGACCAUGGCACGGGCGUGGUGAUUGGCGAGACGGCUAUCGUGGGGGAUAGGGUGUCGCUGCUGCAGGGCGUCACGCUAGGAGGCACGGGGAAAGAGGCGGGCGACAGGCAUCCCAAGGUGCAGGAGGAUGUGCUGAUCGGAGCGGGGGCGACCGUGCUGGGCAACAUCAGCAUCGGGCAAGGCUCCAUGAUUGCUGCCGGAUCACUCGUGCUGAAGGACGUUCCACCCCACAGCAUGGUAGCAGGAACUCCAGCCAAGGUGGUUGGGACUCUUUCAGAGCCCAAGCCUGCAUUGACCAUGCAACACGUUUCUGGUAGCUGUCCCAUGCCCCAUGGUGACCUCUCUUCCUCUACCCACAAUCCAUGCCUCCUCCGCCUCUUCCUUCCGCCCCCAUAUGUGCCAGAUGUCACAAGGCAGUAUUGUGAAGAGCUUAUGGAUGAUACCAUUGGUGGAGCCAACAUUUAG